AUGUCAGAUAGAAAUGGGAGCAACGUUCCAACUACAACAACUGCGGCGCUGAUCUUGUCCCCGGAUAAAUUUAAUAUUGUGCCGUAUGUAAAGGAAGAGUUUGUGGUGCAGAUCACUAACGUCUCGUUUGAAACAGUGUUGUUCCGCAUGCUCACAACAAGCCCUCUGCGGUACUCGGUGACGCCAACGAAGGGGGUGAUCAAGCCAAACGCCUCCAUCAGAGUCACGGUGAUGCUCAACCGUAGCCGGCUGGAGGAGGAGGAAGUUCAGGGGGGCUUCGACGACUUUCGCGUCCAGUACUGCGUGAUUGGGCCUAAUGAUAUCAUUGACUCCAACUGCGCAAACGUGCCAGGCAUCAUCAAGGCGCGGAAGGCGGCGGACAAGAGUCAAGUGCACACGAAAAAAUUCCGCUGCCUCCUCGAGGAGUACCCCAAGUCACCGAGCAAACCAGUCCGUGCGGAGCACACCCGCGCCUCCGCGUUGCCGUCAGUCCCCACCGAGGGAACCCCAGUUCCCCAGAAGCGCGCGGACAGCUCGAGUCCCCACACCGCUGCCUCCAAGACGCAUCUUAGGGAACUGGAGGUCAGCACACUGGCGGAGAAGAACCGGCGUGAACUGGCGCAAAAGCAGGACUCACUGAAAAAUAAACUUAUGGUAGCACUUCUAGUGGCAGUGGCAGCGGUAAUUUUUGGGGUCUGGUCCAUGUACGCCUAG